GCAGGCCUGAUGCGCAUUCUGCACUAAAUGAGGGGCACUGUGCUAUAAAAACACUGGGCAAGGGCUUGGCCACCACAUUGAUUAUACUGGAUCUGUCCCACCUCAGUACAGAGAGCGCGGUGAUCGACAGCAGCCAUGAAUCCGCAGCAGCAGUUGGAGCAGAGGGGGAAGUUUAGGAUGACUGUGUUCGAGGAGGAGUUCUUCCAGGGAAAGAGCUGUGAAUUCACGUUUGAGUGCCAGAACAUUCUGGACAGAGACUUCCGAAAGAUUCGCUCCAUUAAGGUGGAGAAUGGCCCCUGGGUGGGGUACGAGUAUCCUGAGUUCCAGGGCCAGCAGUUCAUCCUAGAGAAAGGAGAUUAUCCCUGUUACCAGGCCUGGAGUGGCAACAGCAGUUACAGAACAGAGCACAUGCUCUCUUUCAGACCUAUUAAAUGUGCUAACCACAGUGACAGUAAGAUUACCCUCUAUGAGUGUGAAGAAUUCAUGGGACGUAAAUUUGAGAUGUGUGAGGACUAUCCCUCCCUUCAAGCCAUGGGUUGGUGCAGCAAGGAAGUUCCCUCAAUCAAAGUCAACUCAGGAGCCUGGGUAGGCUAUCAGUUUCCUGGUUACCGUGGAUAUCAGUACAUCUUUGAGAGAGACAGACGCCAAGGAGAGUACAGAUGCUACAAUGAGUUCGGCACCCAGGCACACACCAAUCAGAUCCAGUCUAUGCGCAGAAUUCAGCAAUAAGACCCCACACCAUUAUGUACACAUCAUGUCAUGCCAUGUCAUAGGCAAUAAAGACAUUAUUUAAACUAUGGUAAAAGU